AAAAUGUUAAGCUUAGGAUUCCUGCUACUUUUUAUGAAUGGAGUGCAGAGUCAGGAGGAGAUGAACGAUCAUCCCUGCUGUCCACAAAUAUUUCUACAAUCGAGUGGUGUGCUGGGGUCUACCCAGUCCUCUGUCCUCGGCAUCUACACCAUCUCCAACCAGAAGCUAGCCAACACCCCCCACCCAGUAUACACCAAGUCGGAGGAGGAAACACAGUUCCAUGUGUACUUCAGGGUGAAAAGCUACGGCCCUCAAGGAUGGGUGGUGGGUGGUGAUCUGUUAGAGGAUAGCUUCUAUAUUGCUACAGGACAAUCGACACUUGACUGCCCAGACGGAAUAGUUGGAGGUCUUUAUGGAGAAAAUCAGACUGUUGUGGAUGAAAAAUUUAGCAUAGAAUGCCAUUCUGAUCAG